AUGGCCAAGAUCAAAACCAUUGAGUACUUCCGUGUCCUUCCACGUUGGCUUUUCGUCAAAGUCUGCGAUGAGCAGGGCAAUUAUGGCUGGGGUGAAUCUACAUUGGAGGGCCAUACACUCGCCGUGGAAGGCUGUCUCGAUUCUCUAAGAGAACGCUUCGUGGGCUAUGAAGCCGACGACAUCGAACACCUCUGGCAAACCGCAUACCGUCUUGGCUUUUAUCGCGGCGGACCUGUCCUCAUGUCGGCCCUCUCAGGUAUCGACAUCGCGCUCUGGGAUCUCAAAGCUCGCCGCCUUCAUCUUCCUCUCUACCAGCUCCUCGGCGGCAAGGUGCGGCACAAAGUCAAAGUCUAUGCCUGGAUUGGCGGUGACAGACCAAGAGACGUCGAAAGGGCAGCUAAGGAGCGUAUGGCGCAAGGAUUCACGGCUAUCAAGAUGAAUGCGACUGAAGAUAUAGAUUGGCUAGACUCGCCGCGCGCAUUGGAUUCAAGUGUGGAGAGGCUGAAAACGGUCAAGGCAUUGGGUAUGGAUGCUGGGCUUGACUUCCAUGGCCGAUUGCACAAGCCCAUGGCAAAGCAGCUGGCUAAGGCACUGGAACCGUACCACCCACUUUUCAUCGAAGAACCUUUACUUUCUGAGCACUCGGAAGGCAUCAAGCAGCUCUCGCUCCUUACCACGAUACCAAUCGCUCUGGGCGAGCGCCUUUACAGCCGUUGGGACGUCAAACGCUUUUUACAUGACACAUCUGUCGACAUACUCCAGCCCGACAUCUCGCACUGCGGAGGUAUCUCAGAACUGUGUAAAAUCGCUACAAUGGCUGAAGCGUACGACGUCGCUAUCGCGCCACACUGCCCGCUUGGACCAAUAGCGUUGGCUGCGUGUGUACAAUUCGCAAUGGCUACUCCUAACUUCGUGAUUCAGGAAAUGAGUCUUGGUAUUCAUUACAACGUUGAGGCGGGACAGUACGAUAUAACCAACUAUGUGAAAGACAAAAGCGUCUGGGAUGUGAAAGAUGGCUACGUGGAAGGCUUGCAUGGCGAAGGUCUGGGCAUUGAGGUCGACGAGGAAGAGGUUAGGGAGGUCGCAAAAACGGCGCCAGCCUGGACGCUGAAAGGGUUUACCGGGCCAGACGGAAGUAUCAGGGAGUGGUAG